AUGAUUUCAAUAGCCAACUUUACGCACACAUCGACGAAUACGCACGCACCGAUCAACUACUACCACAAUCAAAUACCAAACUACACAUACAAAAAUGAUACACACAACGAGAUAUACGCGAAAACAUCGGAGAAUUUAUUCGAUCCGAGAUACGAGUUCCAAUCGAACUCGACAUUCGAAAACUCGAAUUCGUCAUUCGAGAUGUCGAAUGACAAUUUUACAGAGUACGCUGAAAUACCAUAUUACAUAAAGGCGACGUCGAUGACAUUUUGUAUAGUGAUAAUGUGUUUGGGUGUGAUAGGCAACGUGAUGGUGCCUAUUGUAAUCUUGAAGACAAAGGACAUGAGGAACUCCACGAAUAUUUUUCUAGUGAAUCUUAGCAUUGCUGAUUUAAUGGUGUUAUUGGUCUGCACGCCCACUGUCCUCGUGGAGGUGAACUCUAAACCAGAAACUUGGGUGCUAGGAAAGGAAUUAUGUCUGGCAGUCCCUUUCGUUGAGUUGACCGUUGCCCAUGCCUCGGUCCUCACGAUCCUCGCGAUAAGCUUCGAGCGGUAUUACGCAAUCUGCGAGCCUCUUCGGGCUGGCUACGUGUGCACGAAGACCAGAGCGGCGUUAAUUUGCGCCCUUGCUUGGUUCUUCGCCGCUCUAUUCACCAGUCCCAUACUGGGCGUCGCCACCUUCACCUACGAGAAAUAUGCUGACGGUACUGAAGUUCCCGUCUGCCUCACCCAGGCUGAUACUUUUUGGGCUGCAUUGUUCUUCAUACUUAUAAUUGCCGUUUUCUUCAUCAUCCCCCUUGGAGUACUACUUGUUCUCUACAGUGUCAUCGCUAAAAAUUUAAUGGAAAACCCUGUUAUAAUAGCGCAAAACACCAAGAACUCUAGUAAUGGCGGAAAUGUUCUACGUUAUAGAAAGCAAGUUAUAUUAAUGUUAGGUACAGUGGUAUUAUCGUUUUUUGUAUGCCUGUUGCCAUUCAAGGCUCUUACGUUAUGGAUAAUCGUAUUCCCACCAGAGACAAUAAUGUCAUUAGGUAUAGACGGUUAUUAUAUACUUUUAUAUUUUUGUAGAGUAAUGCUAUAUUUAAACUCGGCUAUAAAUCCAAUAUUAUACAAUUUGAUGUCUUCUAAAUUUAGAGACGGAUUCGUUAAAUUGUUAAAAAUAAAUAAAUUGAUGCGUUGUGGGAGAAAUUUAAGGGCAAAUAUGCAAAGAAGAGAUACAUUCAACACGACCACUUCUACUGGUUUUUCCAGUAGUCAAAACACAUCAGAUUCCUUUUGGAGAAGAUAUAGUAACAGAACAUCGUCGCAAAAGUACUUCUUGAAUAGAAGCAGUACAAAAACAAAAGAAGUCCAAGAACUAUUUGAUACUAAAGUACAGCAAGUUAAGGUUGGGGAAAUAGUAAACGUUGAGAACACUAGGCGUAAUAGUAUGAAAAUGAUCGCCGCCAUGAAUGAAUUAAAGGAUAAUUUAGGAGACAUAAUAAAACUUGAGGAUAAAAAACGCAAACGUCUCAAUAACAUAGCAGAUGUUAAUCGAGUAACUAAUAACAUACAAGUAGAUGUUCACGAAAAUCAUAGUAAUGAUGAAAUAGAUCAGACAUGUGAUGUGAGCGUCACUGCUAACAACAAACAAUUACAAAUAUUAAAUUUAGAUGUUAAGACCAAUAAUGUGUAUUCUGUAACGUUAGAUGUAAAUGAAAAGAGCGAGGGGAAAAACAGGUUUGUGUGUGUGCCAUCGCAGGAUAAAGAGAAUAAAAAUAUAUUUGUAUACGACUUUAAAAGUGAUGAGAGUUUUGUGUAA